GGCCCUGCCGCGUUCGGCCGCUGGCUCCCGACCCGGAGGCAGGGGCCCGGGCCGAGAGGCUCCGCGUGCUGCGCUCCGGCCGCCCAGUGCGGGGAGGACGCGCGGCAGCGCCAGCCUCGGGGCCGCGCUGGUUAGGUAGGAGUCGAGAGAAUUUCCUAGCGCCCAAGCCAUGGUGGCCAAACAGCGGAUCCGGAUGGCCAACGAGAAGCACAGCAAAAACAUCACCCAGAGGGGGAACGUAGCCAAAACCCUGAGGCCGCAAGAAGAGAAAUACCCCGUGGGACCAUGGCUGUUGGCACUGUUUGUUUUUGUUGUCUGUGGCUCAGCUAUCUUCCAGAUCAUUCAGAGCAUAAGGAUGGGCAUGUGAGGAGGCCCGGGGCUUUGACACUGCCCCUCCCUCUGGAGGGCGGAGGACCACUUAAGCUUUUAGCCGGGUAUCUGUGGGAAGCAAACAAGACACACAGAAUAGAAAAAAAGUCUCCCUCAAUUGUUCCCUGAUCACUUCAUCGUGGAUGUCAGACCAAAUUGCCUUCUCACAGGACAUCUUGGUACAUCCGUGUUCUGGAGCGGAAAGGACAUUUUGCUUUUCUGUUGGCGAGAUUGGUAGCUCCCAGGUGUCCACAGCAGCACACUGUUUUCUGGUUUGGCCCUUGGUUUCACUGAUGUAUGCAUGUGGUCUCUGAAUGACCACCAGUUUACUUUCUGUGGAUACAACCUCUCCUCCAUUGGGAAUUGGUUUUGCAAAUAAAUGUCUUUGUUCAACCUUA